UCCAGCCUCGGAUCCUUGGAGGACAAUGCCUUCCCUGCACCAUGGGGCUGUAGUAAUUGGAGCGUUUCUGAUUGUUACGGGUGGGGCAACUGCUUUUCUGAAGUCCAGCCAUGGCAAGCUGCAGGCGUUCAGCUUGUGUUGUGUUGUGCUUGGCGCUAUGCUUUUGAUCCUUGGACUUUUUUGGGCUAUGAAUGGGAAAAGCAACGCUGGCUCUUACGGCAGCGAAUACAGCCACGUCCUUUUUAACCCUCCGCAUGGUCAUUUUCCCGAAUCCCAAUCGGUCCUAUUCCAAAGAACCCUGGAGAGGCAAAGAUGUGCAGUAUAUGGGGAAGACUUUGACUACCCCCCUGUGGAGUCCAGCUACUGCAGCCCUCCAGGGAGGCCACCUCACUGGGACCUGGAACCGCCACCCCCAUAUGAAGUAGCCAUCAAAAUCACCAGGAGUUCCACAAACAUGCGCCGUAGCUAUUCAGACACACUUUUGCCUACAGAACCCUUUUUCGGCCGCUCUCGAGAGAUAAGUUUUGAAGUCUGACACUCCCCAUGUGAUGUGAUGACCUUCCUGUCUUGGCAGAUCAGCCUAGGACUGUGUGACAAUGCCCCUGUACUUCAGUCUGGAUCCACAGAUGAGCCCUGGAGUGUGGCAACCCCUCUUCACUUCCCAUCUCUGAAGCCUUCGAGAGGGACAGUACCUCCAGAGGUUUUGUCCUCCUCUGCUCAAUCCAAGGAGCCUAGACCAAAGCACUGGCACACUGUCACCCCCUGAACUUUAAACCUCAACAAUUUCCAAUCAAAGUUUGUUUGCCGUUUGCAGGAGCUGGUAUAGAAUGGGUGUGUGGGGGAGGUAUGUCUGUCACAAGAAAAAUCUCUGACAUAUGUUAAUUGUAUGAUACACAGUUACCUUGUGUAAGCUUUACAAAUGGGCCAAAUUAAUUUUUGGGGGGAUAAGGGUUUUUGAAGAGAACUAUUCCUUAUAUGGUUUAAGCACAGUGUCUUGUGAGGUUGUGGUUGUGACUGAUUAAUAACUGGGUGCUCUAGCUUAUCAAUAGAAAUUUUCUAAAGACUUAUAUAAUGCAUUUCAAUAAUAUAUCAGUAUAUUUAGCAUGGUACAAACUAGCUAUGUUAACUUAUUUAACUUAUAGCAGAUUGCAGAAUGAGGAUAUGCAACUCUGUGGAGUGCUAUAAUCAUAUAAAUAAAAUGAACAGAGAAACUGCU